AUGUUUAAGACUGCUAAUCAUCUGCCUGAUAUAGAUAAUAAUGGUUUUAGAGACUCUAAAUAAAUAUAAGAACUGAGAAAGAAAUUGGAUGAACAAAAGGAAACCUUGAAAGAACUAGUUUAUUUAGUUAAAGAAUCUAAAACAGAAUCUUAUAAACCAAAAUUCAAUCAUCAAUUCAAAUCACCUAAUGAAAAAGAUUAGUUUACUUUCGAGCUUUUAGAAGAAAUCAAAACUCUGAGAAAAUAAAUAAACAAUAUUGAAACUGGGCCAAAAACUAAUCAAGUGUAAAAUCCUUUUAUUAUACCAUAAUAUAUACCAACUAUUCAACAACCUUAAAUAUAGCCAUUAAUGCCUCCUUAUAUGUAUAUGAAUCAUUAUUUUCACAUGCCUCAAAAUUUGUAGUACUAGUAAUCUUAGAAUUAAGCACCAAAAAAGAAAGUUGAUCCAUAUAAAAAGUUAGCUCUAAAAAUCUUAUAAAAAGGAGAGAGAGAUAAUCAUAGAAGAAGAGAUUCUAAUUAUAGUGAUUAUUCUGAUGAUUAUAAUAGAGAUGAUUCAAAAUAAAACAGAUAUCAUUCAUAAAGGGAUAGAUAAAAGGAUUAAGGUCGUGAUUAAUCAUAUUAAAAUAAAACAAGUAAAGGGUCUCUGCAUGAUAGUUAUGUGAGUAAAUUUACUAGAUCUUCUGUUAAAAUAAAAACAAAAAAACCUAAAUUAUUUAAAGAUGAUGAGAAAAUUAAUUUGAGAAGAAAGUUAUGUGGAAUUUUUUGGUUUAUCAGAAUAGGAAUGGGUUUAAAAAAAUAUUUAAAAAGGGUCUGGUUGAAUCGAAGACAAAAAUAUUAUGAAAAUGAAGCUUAAUUAUAAAUUGACAAAUUUGAUCAUGAGUUUGUAAUUGAAUAAUUAGAUAUAGAUAGAACCAUAAAGAAGUUUUCAUUUUGCUUGUUGUUGAAUGUAAUAAGAAUAGAUAUUUUACUAAAAAUUGAAAUAUCUUCGACAAUAAAGAUAUUGAAUUAAAAUCUAAAAUAGUUUUUUAAAUUCUUACAAUUUUGUUUAAGAAGUUGCCAUUCUUAACUAAAAAUUCCUUAAGUGAUGAACAUAAACAAUUUAUAAAGAAAUUUUCAUCAUAAGGAGGAUUUUUAUUACCAGCACAUCCUAAGUUUGUAAGUGAUCGUGUAUAUUUAAGGCCAAAUGUUACAAUUGGGUAAGAGAUUCAUAUAUUUAGAGAUAAGUGAGUGCAGAAGUAAGUAAAAUGAUUUAAAUGGAUUAUAUAUUCAUUUAAGUAAUAGUCCAAAGAAUUUUAUUGAUUCAUGAAUGGUAUUCAUAAUAUCCAAAGAUUCCUAACCAUAAAGAAGCCAUAAAAAUAUUGGCAUCAGUGUUGCAUUAAUUAUUUAUUGAUCAAUUUAACAAUCUUAAAGUUUAUGAGAAUAGUGAUGCCAUUUAUAAUGUAAUUUUAAUACUUAUUUCAAAAAGAAAUAACAAGUUGUUUUCUGUGAUUUUACAUAGAUCAAUUAUGUAGAUGUUGUAAUUACAAUAGAUGAUAAGCAUUAGAAUUAUGAAAGCACAACUAAUUGUUGCAUUCUUGGAUUGUCAACUAAAGAACAAAUGCAAGAAUUAUAUGAUUAGCCAGGUUAUAAAGAAUUAUAAUCAAUGUUCAAAGAUUAUUGCGAUUAUUUUUAUUAAUAAAUAAAUUUUUGA